GUCCGGGCCCCGCUGCGCUCACUGCCCCGGCAUCAUGUCCCGCUCGGAGGAGGUCAACCGGCUGACGGAGAAUGUCUAUCGGGCAAUUCUGGACCAAUUCAACCCCAGUCUAAGGAAUUUUGUGACCAUGGGAAAGAACUAUCAGAAAGCACUCUCAGGAGUAACGGUGGCAGCUAAAGGUUAUUUUGAUGCCUUAGUGAAGCUCGGGGAGCUGGCUAGCGACAGUCAAGGAUCCAAGGAACUGGGUGACACAUUGUUCCAGAUGGCUGAAGUUCAUCGGCAGAUUCAAGUACAGCUGGAAGAAACUCUGAAGCUUUUCCAGUCAGAGCUCCUGUCCCAGUUGGAACACAAAUUAGAACUGGAUAUCAAGUAUCUGAUGGCUACCCUAAAGAAGUACCAAGGUGAGCAUCGUGCCAAAGCCGAGUCCAUCGAGAAGUGUCAGACAGAGCUGAAGAAGCUGCGCAAGAAAUGCCAGAGCAGUAAAAACCCACAGAAGUACGGGGACCGUGAGGUGCAGUAUGUGGAGAUUAUGAGCACCAAGCAGAGUGAGCUGGAUCGGUUUGUGGCGGAAGGAUACAAGGCAGCUUUGACUGAGGAGAGGCGCCGGUACUCCUUUCUGGUGGAUCGCCAGUGUGCAGUCUCCAAGCACUUCAGCACCUAUCACACCAAGGUGCGGGAGCUGUUAGUGGCCAAGUUGCCCGUCUGGCAGGCAUCAUGUACCCAACCUACUCGCCUCCCUGAGCGUGCCCUGGCCUUGGUCAAGCUCACAGCCAACCACCUCCCCGGGGGGACACCCAUAACAGCCAUUGACUCCCUUCCCAGCUCUAAGGUCCUGGAAGAAUUGUUAGAGCAUGGACCAAACCACCGGGCUUCAGUCCAGGAGGUGACUCCACUACCUAAUGGUGACUCACAUCGUGGGAAGGGAUUGAGGGACCUCAGCCAUCUACCGAUCAGUGAGCCCAUCACCAUCACCUCAGGCCUGCCUCCCACCCAAACCACUCAGACCCCCCCGCAGACCAAGACCGCCGACAGCUAUUCCUGCACCCUUCCGAUGCCACGCAAGAUGUCAACUGAGACCCGUCUAGCAACGCUGGUGGAGAACAAGACCCUGCCUCGUAUCAGUCCGCUUUCCAUCCUGCCUGCACGUUCUGAGCGCCGGAGGGUCCAGGCGAUAUUCUCCCACGCAGCAGGCGAGAACAGCACGCUGCUCAACUUCCAAGAGGGAGAUGUCAUCAUGCUGCUGGUGACCGAGGCACGGGACGGCUGGCACUACGGGGAGAAUGAGACAACCAAAAUGAAAGGCUGGUUUCCUUUCUCCUACACCCGGCCCUUCCCCCCAGCUGAAGGGGCUGACAAGUCACUCAUCAGCUUCCCACUUAGCAAAAUGAACAGCAGCAGCACAGGAAAUUUGGACCGAACUGGCUCUCCACCUGCUGGCCCAGAGGGAGGGGACAGCCCACGCUAUGGCCUCUCACCACGGGCCAGUGCAUCUCGGCAGCGUCCUUAUAGCAUGCUAAACCCUGACCUGUCUCAGUUAGCGAAUGAGUUUGGGAGUCCAAGUGCCUCUCCUUCGAGGACCAACCCUUUUGCUCACAUCAAGCUGAAACGCACCGUGACAAACGACCGCUCAGCCCCGCUCAUCCAGUGAGAGGCAUAGGGACUGCUGCCCUCCCCCCCACUCCUCCCCCCCACUGUCUGGACAGUCUAACAAAGUACAUCCGGCUGCCUCCCCACCACCCCUCUAGUGGUCAAUGAGAGUAUUGCAGCACGUGGGGCUGGGACCCUGCGUCAUGAGAUGUUGCAGAGUGGCUGUACAGUCAUGCCAUCCAGUGGUGGUUGAUGAUGACUCCAGCCGAGGACAGCAGAAGAAGAAGUGAGACAGAAGC